AUGGCAAACUCUUUCACCCGCAUGAUGACUGGCCGCAACCCGGCAGUGCUGCUGGCCGUGGGAGCUGGUUCUCUGGCGUCGGGAUACCUCCUGACUGAGAACGCUGCUGCUGCUGAGAGGAGGAGGCUCUACCCACCCAGCGCCGACUUCCCUGACCUGAGGAAGCACAACAACUGCAUGGCAGCAGCUCUGACUCCGACCAUCUACGCCCGCCUGAGGGACAGGACAACACCCAACAACUGGACCCUGGACCAGUGCAUCCAGACUGGGGUGGACAACCCCGGACACCCCUUCAUCAAGACCGUGGGGAUGGUGGCUGGAGACGAGGAGAGCUAUGAGGUGUUUGCUGAGCUCUUUGAUCCUGUUAUCAAGGACAGACACAACGGCUAUGACCCUCGUACGAUGAAGCACCCCACUGACCUGGAUUCUUCCAAGGUCACCUCUGGAAUGUUUGACGAGCACUACGUCUUGUCAUCUCGUGUCCGUACCGGUCGCAGCAUCCGCGGCCUGAGUCUUCCCCCGGCGUGCUCCCGCUCUGAGCGCCGCGAGGUGGAGCGCGUGGUGGUCACGGCUCUGUCCGGCCUGAAGGGAGACCUGUCCGGCCGCUACUACAGCCUGGGAGACAUGACUGACAGAGAGCAGCAGCAGCUCAUCGAUGAGCACUUCCUGUUUGAUAAACCUGUGUCACCUCUGCUCACGGCAGCUGGGAUGGCCAGAGAUUGGCCCGAUGCUCGUGGGAUCUGGCACAACAACGAGAGGAACUUCUUGAUCUGGAUCAACGAGGAGGACCACACAAGGAUCAUAUCCAUGGAGAAAGGAGGAAACAUGAAGAGAGUGUUUGAGAGGUUCUGCAGAGGUCUUAAACAGGUGGAGCAUCUAAUUCAGGAGAGAGGAUGGGAGUUCAUGUGGAAUGAGCGAAUGGGCUACAUCCUCACCUGCCCCUCUAACCUCGGCACCGGGCUCCGGGCCGGUGUGCACAUCCGUCUGCCGUUCCUCUCAAAGGACCCCCGCUUCAAGAAGAUCCUGGACAACCUGCGACUACAGAAGAGAGGCACCGGAGGUGUGGACACAGCUGCCACCGGAGACACCUUUGACAUCUCCAACCUCGACCGUCUGGGCAAGUCGGAGGUGGAGCUGGUGCAGCUGGUGAUCGACGGCGUGAACUACCUGAUCGAAUGCGAGAAGAGGCUGGAGAGGGGGCAGGACAUCAAGAUCCCCUCUCCGAUCGCUCAGUUCAGGAAGUGA